UCCCUGCAGUUGUCUUUCUCUGCCGAGUUCCGGCACCUUCAUUCCUUAGUAAAUCCGCCCUCUCCCCACAGCGCUGAGCAGACCUAGAUCCACGUCGCGAUCUUUUCUUCCGCAGCUGGGAAGUGACCCUCUCGGAGUUAGAUGAAAUUGCUCCGUCAAAGACGGUCGGAAGAAAGGAAGUCUUGAAACGCACUGAUUCGUGGAACAGCUUCUCGCCUGUUUUCUUUUCUGCGUUCUGAAAACUCGCUUCAAAGUGACUUUUCGUGUCUACCUCCGCGUAGCAGCCCCUCGGGUCUUCUCGAGAGAGAAAAGGACCCCCCGUCUAUGCAACUUUUUCCUGUGGUGUCGUGGCGCUCCAAACUCUCUUCUGACAUUUCCUAAUCUCUUCUCCUCUUCCUCAAAUCUCAAGGUUCCCUCUCCACUCCCCGCUCGAUCCUCUUCACUUUCGUCUCGGCCGCGACGAACGCGAAGGUGCAGAACUGACUCUUCUUGUCAUUUUCGGUGUCGUUUUUUCUCGCCUCUAAGUCGGUUUUACACACCAAUUUUUCCUCGCCUCUCUUUUCCACUUCUUCUCGCGUUUCUUUUCGCAAGGCCUCUUCUGUGAUGUCUGUCUCAUCCCCCGUUCCUCUCGUUCCUGUCUCCUCUUCUGUGCCCUUCUCAUCUUCUGUUUUACCUUCUUGCCUCUGUUAACUUUUCUUCUCUAUCUCCCCUCGCCCGUACCCUCCCUCACAACUUCUGUACAUCCCUAUACAUAUUCACAUGUACACAGCUACUUGUAUACAUCUACGUCUAUGCAUAUAUAUAUAUAUAUAUAGUUUGUUCUCUCUCUCUCUCUCUCUAUAUAUAUAUAUAUAUAGCCUACGCACUGUAUCGUCUGUUGUAUCUGCGUCGAUCCCUUCUUUUCGUCUCAGAUGUCUCUGUCUCUUUCUCUUUGUUUCUCUUCUGUAUACGAGCAGCUUCCUCUUUGUUUAACACAGGCACACCCGCUGUCCGCGUUGUCUCUUUUUUCAGCUGCUCCGGUUUCUUUUUGGCGCUUGGGUUCGCGUCUCGCCGAGUUCCUUUCGAGAUGGCGCAUGUGAAGCAGCGGUUGAAGGUCGCGAUCUUGCGAGUCGACGGUGUCGAGGGGCUCAGCGCUCGCCAAGGCUGCUACGUCAAGUUUCGCUGGCGCGGAGACAAGUACAAGACUGAGGCGAAGAAGCGCGCAGGAAAUGGCAUGCAGUUCAACUUCAAGGCGAUCCUGCCCUUCGACAGCAGCGACCCGCGGACGCUGGCUCUCGAACUCUGGACAGCGGCCGCCUUCUCUCACAAACGCGUAGCGGAAACCAGUCUUGACUUGACUCGUCUGGCGUCGGUCUCCGCAACUCAGUGUUCCUGUCCCCUGACGUCUGUUGAGGGUCGACGCCUGGGCGCUUCUCCCGUCCUCGUCCUUUCUGUGCAACUUCAGAACUUCGAUCAGGCAGCGAGCAACGCAGAGCUGCAGCAACGUCUCCACCAACAUGCUGAGGAACAACGACAAAGGCGAGAAUUCGAAAAGCAGCAAACUGUGCUGGAACAACGUCUCCUCGCUGGACGACCCCCCCCUGCUCCUUCUCCCUAUGUUCCGCCGCCUCCUCCUGCUCAUGUCAAUCCUUCGUCUUCCUCUGCCCACGCUGCUGCUCCCUCUUCCUCUUAUCCACCUCCUUAUUCGUCUUCGGUUUAUUCUUCACCGUGUCCUCCAGGAUGCUCUGCGUUCACGACUGCGUGUGUCGCGCCUCUGCCGCAACAAGCGCAUGCAGGUCCUGCUGCUCCUGGGCCUUACGCGAACUAUCCCUACUUCCCGGGGAACACGGCCUACAGUCCGUCUCCAGCUGGCCAGGCGCAUGCCGCACAUGCAGGCCAAGCGCCUCAGUAUGGAUGGGCAGCGCCGCAGCAACCGACCUGUGUGGAGGUCCCCCCUCAGGCGCCGCGUCCGUCGAUCCAGCAAGCAACAGUCACGGCGUCUGGGCACUGGGACGCGACCGCCAUAAAGUACAUCAAGAACAUCUUACCGCAGUGCUCCACACAAGAAAUUGAAGAAGCCUUGUCGGCGGCCGGCGGCGACUGCGAGAAAGCAGUUGAUGUGCUCCUGAAGCGUUUGGUGGCGCAUGCAGCGGAAGAAAAUGAAACUCAAGUUCAUCAGUUGGAACACCAGGCCGCAGCGGCGGCGCAGCCUGUGGUGGCGUGGACGCAAUACUCCGCGGCUCCUGCCGCCUAUGGAGCACCCCCGGCAGGACCCAUGGCCCUGGAGACACCUCCAACGCAUGCACCCCCACACCUGGGAUUCACGCCAGCCCCCAUGUACACUCCUGUGGGGAAAAUUCCUUCUUCAGGUCGCCGCAAGGCUCUGCUGGUCGGAAUCAACUACCGGGGGACCGACGCGGAACUGCGAGGCUGCGUCAAUGAUGUCCACCGCAUGAAAAAUCUUCUCUGUUCUGUCUACGGCUUCCACGAUUCGUCCACUACGCUUGUUGCCCUCACAGACGACAGCCGGAACAGUCUCUACCGGCCUACGCGGAACAACAUUUUGAAGGCGAUGCAUUGGUUGACGAUUGACAACCGUCCGGGCGAUGCUUUGUUUUUCCAUUUUUCUGGACAUGGCGGGAGAGAAAUCGAUCGAAGUGGCAUCGAAGAAGACGGAUACGACGAAACGAUUCUCCCGGUUGAUUUCGAGACUGCAGGCCAGAUUCUUGACGACGAGCUGCAUGCGUUUCUGGUACAGCCCCUACAAAGCGGCUGCCGACUCACUGCCGUCAUGGACUGCUGCCACAGCGGCACAGGCCUCGACCUCCCCUUCACCUGGAAUUCCCCCAAGUGGCGGUGGGACGAGGAAACCAAUCCGUUCUACGUCCUCGGCGAUGUCCAGAUGUUCUCCGGGUGCCAAGACGACCAGACCUCUGCGGACUUGGCUGGACAUGAAGACCGCGCGCCGGGAGGCGCGAUGACGACGGCGUUCAUUGCCGUUCUGACUGCGAGGCCGUUCGGCCACUCUUAUCCCUCGCUGAUGCAAGGACUAACUGAGAGCAUGGUCUCCCGAGGCUUAUCGCAGCGCCCCCAGCUGACGUCGUCUCAGAAAUUCGACUUCAACAGACCCUUCAACUUGUCGGAUGUGAUUCCGAAUCAAAACCGAGUGCUCGGGAGACAAAUUCGCCGCAGACGCAAGCCGCUGCCCAACUCAGAGAGCCGCCGCAGACCUGGCGCAGGCAUCGGGGACGCGAUGCUCCUCGCGGGGGCUGGCUUGGCCACUGGCCUUCUCGUCGGCUCUCUUCUCAACGACUGAGGGAGAGAUUCAGAUUUGUUUUUUUCGACCAGCAGAAGCAGGGCACGAGGAAGCAAAAGAUGCAGCGAUUGACGCCGCACCCACGAGUUCCACUGAAGUUUUUUCUGAAGCCGAUUAGGUAGAGAUCAUGGAACAGCCAGAGAGCGGUUCUCUAAGGGCGCCUCUGUGCGGCUCUGCAGCGUGAGCAUCUGCAUGCGACGACUUCGCAAGAAGCGACACUGAGGGAUGAGCGACAACGAAGAAAGCUCUGAGAAAGACAAGAAGAUGCGUGAAAGCGCGAAUAGCCAUCAGCUUCCAAAGAGUGCAUCCUCGACAGUCUCUCGUCUCGCCUUUGUACGCCUCUUUUUGAUGAAGCAAAGACAAAGGCAGAAAGAGAAACACGGAGACAGAGGGAAGGCCAGGGGCCCCCAGGCCAACGUCGUCUCACUAUCUUGAGCUACAGUGCGAGAGGGUGGGCAGAUAUUUGAAGAAGAUCUGAAGACACCGAAGAUUUCUAUUCGUGUGGCGUCCGAUUGUUUGUCCCCAACAGCCUGUCAUUUCACAGAGUGUUACGUGAACAGAAAGAGACAUUUGAGUGCUUCAUUCCUCCA